AGCAUCACGCAAUCACAAACGCCGUUCAAGCAGCCACACAACGCUUCAAGUUGAGAUUCGUUCAAGUAGCAAGGCAGAAAGCAAUGGCUUCCGGUCAGCAGGAGAGGUCGCAGCUGGACCGCAAGGCCCGCGAGGGAGAGACCGUCGUCCCCGGCGGCACCGGCGGGAAGAGCCUCGAGGCGCAGCAGAACCUCGCCGAAGGGCGCAGCCGUGGCGGGCAGACACGCAGGGAGCAGAUGGGGCAGGAGGGUUACAGCGAGAUGGGGCGCAAAGGCGGACUGAGCAGCAAUGACGAGUCCGGCGGCGAGCGCGCUGCGAGGGAGGGCAUCGACAUCGACGAGUCCAAGUUCAAGACUAAGUCCUAGAUGAUGAAUCGACCAGUGCGUACGUAGCCUAGCAAGCAAGACGACUCUGCUUAGGUCGGCCGUUGGUUUACCCUAGUGUCCAUGCACCGAAUAAUGUAGUAGUUCAGGCGCACGUAGGCGAUCGUACGUAGUAUGGUCAUGUGUGCUUCGUAGAAUCGUAGCUGGUAGUCAGUUGGUACUCUACGGUGAGUCGCGUCAGGUUAAGUCGGAAGUGUGCUGUGGCUGGUACCCCACUGGGCUCAGUAGUGUCACAGUGUCCACUGACCACUGUAUCUUGUAUUGCUCUUCGGUAAUAUAGUCGUCUUGCUCAAA